AAGUCUUCUCAAGUGAGCAACUACGACGAGGACGAAUCACACUUCUCUGUCCGCUUCAGAUACUCCUUACUCUGAUCGAAACUUAAUUUGGCAAUAAUGGAUGAAUCUCCUCUGGAAACUCUUGACCAAGAGAACGAAAUAGUUACUGAAGGUAGCGCGGUUGUGCAUGGCGAGCCUUCUCAAGACGGUAGUGUUCCUCCCAAAGUUGAUAGUGAAGCGGAAGUCCUGGAUGACAAAGUGAGUAAGCAGAUCAUAAAGGAAGGUCACGGUUCCAAACCAUCCAAGUACUCCACAUGUUUCUUGCACUAUAGGGCAUGGACCAAACACACGCAGCACAAAUUUGAGGAUACAUGGCAAGAGCAGCAACCUAUUGAAUUGGUUCUAGGAAAAGAGAAAAAAGAAAUGGCCGGUUUGGCCAUCGGCGUUUCUAGCAUGAAGUCUGGUGAACGUGCGCUCUUGCAUAUAGGCUGGGAACUGGGAUAUGGGAAAGACGGGAACUUUUCUUUUCCGAAUGUUCCUCCUAUGGCCGACUUGUUAUAUGAGGUUGAAGUCAUUGGAUUUGAUGAAACAAAGGAGGGAAAGGCUCGCAGUGAUAUGACUGUGGAGGAAAGGAUUGGUGCAGCAGACAGAAGGAAAAUGGAUGGGAAUAAUCUGUUUAAAGAGGAUAAACUGGAGGAGGCCAUGCAACAGUAUGAAAUGGCCAUUGCAUACAUGGGGGACGAUUUUAUGUUUCAGCUGUAUGGGAAGUACCAGGAUAUGGCUUUAGCAGUUAAGAACCCAUGCCACCUAAACAUGGCAGCUUGCUUGAUCAAGCUUAAACGAUAUGACGAAGCAAUUGGUCACUGCAACAUUGUGCUGACAGAAGAAGAGAAGAACCCAAAAGCGCUGUUCAGAAGAGGGAAGGCCAAGGCAGAGCUUGGACAGAUGGAUUCAGCCCGUGAAGAUUUUCGAAAAGCUCAAAAGUAUGCUCCUGAUGACAAUGCAAUCAGAAGAGAGCUACGAGGAAUUGCAGAACAAGAGAAAGCUGUGUACCAAAAGCAAAAAGAGAUGUACAAAGGAAUGUUUGUAGGGAGAGAAGAAAGUGGUGCUAAAGGAAAGAGCGGUAACUGGUUGAUAAUGCUAUGGCAAUGGUUGGUAUCACUCUUCAGUAGGAUCUUCGGACGUCACAGAGUUAAAGCAGAUUAAUAUUGUAAUGAAAGCUUAAACAAAUUCAACUAUAAAAGGUAAACUCUUCAUUCUUCUAUUAUGUUGCAAAUGAAUUUGAGAGACAUGGAGCUUCUUGAUCUUAUUUAUCAUUUGGUGGAUUUACAAUAAGCGAAAGUCUUUAGCUAAAACUACCAUGAGGGAUUGGGGAGGGUUACAUGGGUCCAGGCGAAGUAAGCACAGACCAUUAGUUGAGAGAUAUAAACAUAAAC